CGACAAUGUCCACCAGUCAGAAGGCCGUGAGGCCUCUGGCACGAUGCCUUCGAAGUUUACAGUCACAACGUCAAUCUGCGAACAAUUUUCGAACACUCUCUAGCUCAGCACGAUGCAAUGUCGAAGCUGUUGUGGACUCGACCCCCGAGAAGCCCAUAUUCGACCCGGAGACUGUUACCAGUAUAAAGGGGGAGAAGGCCUUGAUGAAGAGUGGGAUACUUCCAAUUGGUUCAAGACGUCGUCGUGCUGCCAUCAAGAGCUCUGACAACAUUCCUUUUGAACAAUUACCAUACCUCUGCUUUCAAGAAGCACGAAAAGUGCUGCAGGAGGACAGAGAGGAGAAGCUGAAGCUGAUUGCAACUGAACGAUUACGAAUAUCAAACAUGUUGGCUCGAGAUCCUUCGACCUUCAAAGGAGGAGUUUUGGAAAAGGAGACAAAACUAAGUAGCAUGAGAAGAUAUCUGGAAUGGCUGAAGAUCCAGGCCGACAUCAAUGAUCCGUUGAUCAAGAAGCGAUUCGAGGACGGCGAAGGUGACAUGAAUAAGCCUAUUUAUCGAUAUUUGGCAGACCGAAAAUGGCGAGAAUACCAGCGGAAGAUUAUCGUUCAGAGAAUAGAACAAUUCGGCAUCGUACCGGAUUUCCUACCUCACUUCGAACCAACAGCUGAGGUUCAGCUCGCUUUCAAGAACCGAAAUGUCCAGCCUGGCGAAUACAUCGACUCGCGAGUUAGUGAGGUUGCACCAAGGUUGAAGGUGCAGGUAUUCAACAAGGGAGAGCGAUUAGUCACUGUUGUGGUAAUUGAUGGCGAUGUUCCAGAUGCUGAGAAGGACCGCUUUGGAACUAGAAGCCAUUUCAUCGCAACCGACAUUCCUCUAUCUCCAACAGACACGUCCAUACCUCUUUCGAAAGUUACCAAAGAGCAAUUGGUUCAGCCAUGGUUACCGCCGUUCGCCCAGAAAGGAUCGCCAUAUCAUCGCCUUGCAGUGUUUGUGCUUGAGCAGCAACCAGGUCAACCAAAAGUUGAAGCAGAAAAAUGGGCUGAGAGAGACAAUUUCUUUUUGAAAAGCUUCAUUGGCAAGACGAGAAUGACUCCUAUCGGAUUCAACAUGUUCCGUGCCACAUGGGAUGAUGGAACUGCUGGCGUUAUGGAGAGGGCCAGUAUCGAAGGUGCGGACAUCGAGUUCAAGAGGAAGAAAGUUGUGGCUCUGAAGCCAAAACAAAAGGCAAGAGGAUGGGAAGCUAGACAUGCUUCUGACAAGUAUAAAUCUUUGAGAAGAUGAUCUAUAUGAGAGUUUGUCAACUGUAUCAUAUUGUACUAUGAAUCGAGGAGCCAGUGUAUGCUCUUCUGUACUCAAGCC